AUGACUAAAACAGCAGCAGACACCACAACAAACACAGUGGCUCAAACGACUACCCCAUCUGAUUUCACAGAAACCACAGCUUCUCUGACAUCAACCACAGAAGUCCCCACAAUAUCCACAGCUGCCGCCACAACAACCAUAGCUGCUCCAACAACAACCACAGAUUCUCCCACAACAACAACUACUGCUGCAGCCACAACAACCACAGCUGCUGCUAUGUCAGUAACAGCUGCAUCCACAACAACAGCAGCGGCUCAAACGACAACCCCAGCUGCUGCCACAGAAACCAUAGCUUCUCCGACAUCAACCAAAGAAGUCCCCAGAAUAACCACAGCUGCCGCCACAACAAACACAGAUGCUGUUAUGUCAUCAACAGCUGCGGCUACAACAACAGCCAUCCCAACAACAACCACAGCUGCUCCCAUAAUAACUAGAGCUGCUCCCUCAACAACCACAUCUUCUCCCACAACAACCAUGGCCGUCCCCACAACAACAAUAGCUACUCCCAAUCCCGCAGCAGCUGCAACUACAACUACACCUUCGACUACAACAGCAGCAAGCACAACAACAACAGCUGCCACCACAACAAGCACAGUGGCUCAAACGAUAACCCCAGCUGCUGUCACAGAAACCACAGAUUCUCCGCCAUCAACCACAGAAGUCCCCACAAUAACCACAGCUACGGCCACAACCACCACAGCUGCUCCGACAACAACCACAGCUUCUCCCACAAUAACAACUACUGCUGCAGCCACAAAAACCACAGCUUCUGCUACGUACGCAACAGAUGGACCGACAACGACUACAGCUGCAACAACCACAGCCAUCCCCACAACAAACACAGCUGCUCCAACAACAACAGCGGCUCAAAUGAUAACCACAGCUGCUGCCGCAGAAACCACAGCUUCUCCAACAUCAACCACAGAAGUCCCCAAAAUAACCACAGCUGCUCCUAUGUCAUCAACAGCUGCAGCUAAAACAACAGCCAUUCCAACAACAACCUUAGCUGCUCCCAUAAUAACCACAGCUGUUCCCUCGACAACCACAAAUUCCCUAACAGCAACCAACGCAGCUGCUAUUCCAACAACAGCUGUGGCUAUAACAACCACAGCCGUCCCCACAACAACCAUACCUGCUCCCAGAACUGCAGCAGCUGCAACAACAACUACAGCUACGACUCCAACAGCAGCAGACACAACAACAACAGCUGCCACCAAAACAAGCACAGAGGCUCAAAAGACAGACACAGCUGCCACCAAAGAAUCCACAUCUUCUCCAACAUCAACCAAAGAAGUCCCUACAAUAACCACAUCUGCUUCCACAACAACCACGACCAUCCCCACAACAACCACAGCGGCUCAAACGACAACCACAGCUUACGUCACAGAAACCACAGCUUCUCCGACAUCAACCACAGAAGCCCCUACAAUAACCACAGCUGCCACCACAACAACAUCAGCUGCUCCCACAACAACCACACCUGAUUCCACAACAACCAGAGUUGUCCCCACAACAACCACAGCUGCUCCAACAACAACCACAGCUUCUCCAACAACAACCACAGAAGUUCCCACAAUAACUCCAGCUGAUGCCACAACAACCACAGCUUCUGCUAUGUCAUCAACAGCUGAGGCUUCAACAACAGCUGUCCCAACAACAACCUUAGCUUCUCCCAUGACAACCACAGCUUCCCCAACCACAACCAAAGCUGCGGCAACGAAAACUGCAACAGCAGCAGAUAAAAUAACAACAACUACAGCUGCUCAAAUGACAAUCCAAGCUGCUGCCUCAGAAAACACAGCUUCUUCGACGUCAACCACAGAAGUCCCCACAAUAACCACAGCAGCUUCCACAACAACCUCAGCUACUCCCACAACUCCCAAAACAACCUCAGCUGUUCCCACAACAACAACCUCUGCCACCACAACAACCACAGUGGCUCAAACGACAACCCAAGCUGCUGCCUCAGAAACCACAGCUUCUCAGACAUCAACCAUAGAAGUCCCCACAAUAACCACAGCAAUCGCCAGAACAACCUCAGCUACUCCCACAACAACCUCAGCUGCUCCCACAACUGCUGCUGCAACCACAACAACCACAGCUGCUGCUACAUCAGCAACAGCUGCUCCCACAACAACCACAGCAGCACCAACGACAACUACAGCUGCGGCUACAACAACCACAGCCGUCUUCACAACAAUGACACCUUCUUCCACAACAACCACAGCCGUCCCCACAACAAUCACAGCUGCUCCAACAACAACCAUAGUGUCUCGAACAGAAACCACAGCUUCUCCGACAUCAACCACAGAAGUACCGACAAUAACAACAGCUGCAUCAACAGCAACCACAGCUGCUGCUAAUAGAACUACAAUUGCUAGCACAAUAACCGCAGCUGCACCCACAACAACCACAGCGGCUGCUGCUACGGCAUCAAUAGCUGUGGCUACAACAACAACAGCCGUCCCAACAACAACAACAACUGCUGCUCCCACAACAACCACUGCAGCACCAACUAUGACUACAAAAACCACAGCUGUUCUCACAACAACCACAAGUGGUCCCACAACAACCACAGCCGGAGCUAUGACGACCACAGCUGCACUCAUAACAAUCACAGCUGCUCAUGCAACAACCACAGAUGCACCCACAACAACCACAUCUUCUCCGACAACUACAGCAGCUCCAACAACCACAACAGCUUCCUCUACAACAACCACAACUUCUCCAACAACAACCACAGCUGCUGCUAUGACGACAACUGCUGUGGCAACAACAACAAAAGUUGUCCCUACAAAAACCACAGCUGUACCCACAACAACCGCAGCAUCUCCCACAACAACCACUGCAGCACAAACGACGACUACAGCUGCUCCCACUACAACCACAGCCGUCCCCACAAGAACCCCAGUUGCUCCCACAACAACCACAGCAGCAACAACCACAGUUUCCUCUACAAUAACAACAGCUGCUGCUGUGAUAAGAACAGCUACAGCUACAACAACCACAGCCAUCCACACAACAACCACAGCUACUCCCACAACAAACACAACAGCUUCUCCCACAACAACAACAGCUGCUGCUAUGACAACAACAGCUGUGGCUAGAACAACCAUAGCUGCUACUGAAACAACCACAUCUGCAUCAACGAUAACCACAGCCUUCCACACAACAACCACAGAUGAACCCACAACAACCACAUUUUCUCAGAUGACAACUACAGCAGCUCCUACAACCUCAACAGUUUCCCCUAUAACAACAACAGCUGUAACCACAACCAAACCUUUUCCCACAAUAACCACAGCUGCUGCUGCUGCUACGACAACUACAGCUGUUGCUAAAAAAACAACAGCUGUCCCCACAACAACAACUGCAGCUGCUCCCACAACAACCACAGAUGCACCCACAACAACCACAUUUUCUCAGACAACAACUACAGCAGCUCCCACAACCACAACAGCUUCCCCUACAACAACCCCAUAUGUUCCAAGAACAUCCACAGCUGCCCCCACAACAACCACAGCUGCUCCCACAACAAUAACAACAGCUGCUGCUACAACAACUACAGCUGCUCCCACAAAAACCACAGAUGCACAAACAUCUACCAUAUUUUCUCCCACAACAACUACAGCAGCUUCGACAACCACAACAGCUUCCCAUACAACAACCACAGCUGCUUCUACGACAACUACAGCUGUGGAUACAACAACCACAGCUUCCACCGAAACAACCACAGAGGCACCUACAACAACAACAUCUUCUCCGACAACAACUACAGCAGCUCCAACGACCACAACAGCUUCCCCUACAACAACCACAGCUGUUCCCACAACAACACAUAAGGCUGCAACAACCAAAGUAAUUCCAACAACAACCACAGCUGCUCCCAAAAUCACUAUUUCUCCGACACCAACUACAUCAGCUCCCACAACCUCAAAAGCUUCCCCUACAACAAUGACAGCUGAUCCCACAACAACCACAGCUGCUGCUACGACAACAACUUCUGCGGCUACAACAACAGCCGUCCCCACAACAACCACCGCUUCUCCCACAACAACCACAGCUGGUGCUGCUACGACAAGUACAGCUGUGGCUACAACAUCAGCUGUUCCCAAAACAACCACUGCAGCACAAACGACGACUAAAAAUGCUCUUACAACAACCCCAGAUACACCCACAACAACAACAUCUUCUCCGACAACAACCACAGCAGAUCCAACGACCACAACAGUAUCCUCUACAACAACUACAACUGCUCCUACAACAGCCACAGCUGUUUCCACGACAACCACAGCUUCUGCUACGACAACAAAAGCUGCGGCUACAACAACCAAAGUCAUCCCCACAACAACCUCAGCUGCUCCCACAACAACCACAUAUGCACCUACAACAACCACAUUUUCUCUGAAAACAACUACAGCAGCUCCCACAACCACAACAGCUUCCACUACAACAACCACAGCUGCUCCCACAACAUCCACAGCCGGAGCCACGACGACCAGCGUUGCACUAAUAACAAUCACAGCUGCUCCCACAACAACCACAUCUUCACCGACAACAACCACAGCCACAGUUACAACAACCACAGCUGUACCCACAACAACCACAGCUUCUCCCACAACAACCACAGCUGAUGCUGCUAUGACAACUACAGCUGUGGCCACAACAGCAACAUCUGUCCCCACAACAACAACAGCUGCUCCCACAACAACAACAGCAGCUGUUGCUUUGACAACAACAUCUGCGGAUACAACAACAGCCAUCCCAACAACAACCACAGCUGCUCCUACAACAACAACAGCUGCAGCUUCACCAACCACAUCUGAACCAACAACAACCACAGCCGCAGCUCUGACAACCACAGGCGUCCUCACAACAACCACAUCAGCACCAACAAUAACCACAGCCGCAGGUCCAACACCAACAGCCGUCCCCACAACAACCACAGCUGCUCCAACAACAACCACAGUUGCUGCUACUACAACAACUGCUGCGGCUACAACAACUAAAGUCGUCCCCACAACAACAACAACAAUAUCAGCUGCUAUGAUAACAACAGCUGUGGCUACAACAACCAAAGCAAUCACCACAAAACUCACAGCUGCUCCCACAACAACAACAACACCUUCUUCCACAACAACCACAGAUGCACCAACAACAACCACAGCCACAGUUACAACAACCACUGCUGUACCCACAAUAACCACUGCUGUACCCACAACAACCACAGCUUCUCCCACAACAACCACAGCUGAUGCUGCUACGACAACUACAGCUGUGGCCACAACAGCAACAGCUGCUCCCACAACAACUACAACAGCUGUUGCUUUGAAAACAACAUCUGCGCAUACAACAACUAAAGCCGUCCCCACAACAACAACAAAAACAGCUGCUCCCACAACAACAACAACAGCUGUUGCUUUGACAACAACAUCUACGGAUACAACAACAGCCAUCCCAACAACAACCACAGCUGCUCCUACAACAACAACAGCUGCAGCUUCACCAACCACAUAUGAAACAACAACAACCACAGCUGCAUCUCUGACAACCACAGGCGUCCUCACAACAACCACAUCAGCACCAACAAUAACCACAGCCGCAGGUCCAACACCAACAGCCGUCCCCACAACAACCACAGCUGCUCCAACAACAACCACAGUUGCUGCUACGACAACAACUGCUGCGGCUACAACAACUAAAGCCGUCCCCACAACAACAACAACAACAAUAUCAGCUGCUAUGAUAACAACAGCUGUGGCUACAACAACCAAAGCAAUCACCACAAAACUCACAGCUGCUCCCACAACAACAACAACAACACCUUCUUCCACAACAAACACAGAUGCACCAACAACAACCACAGCCACAGUUACAACAACCACUGCUGUACCCACAACAACCACUGCUGUACCCACAACAACCACAGCUUCUCCCACAACAACCACAGCUGAUGCUGCUAUGACAACUACAGCUGUGGCCACAACAGCAACAGCUGCUCCCACAACAACUACAACAGCUGUUGCUUUGAAAACAACAUCUGCGGAUACAACAACUAAAGCCGUCCCCACAACAACAACAACCGUUGCUCCCACAACAACAUCAACAAAAUCAGCUGCUAUGAUAGCAACAGAUGUGGUUACAACAACCAAAGCCAUCACCACAAAAACCACAGCUGCUCCCUCAACAACAACAACAACAACACCUUCUUCCACAACAACCACAGCUGCUGCUACAGCAACAACAGCUGUGGCUACAAUAACAACAGCUGCUACCAAAACAACCACAGAUGCACCCACAACAACCACAUUUUCUCCGACAACAACUACAGCAGCUCCAAUGAACAAUACACCUUCCCCUACAACAACCACAGCUGUACCCACAACAACCACAGCUGUUCUAACAAUAACCACAGCUGUUCCCACAACAACAACAGCUGAGAAUACAACAACUAAAGUUAUCCCAACAACAACCAAAGUCAUCUCAACAACAAAUACAGCUGCUCCCACAACAACCACAGCUGUACCCACAACAACCACAGCUGCUCCCACAACAACCACUAUGUACCCACAACAACCACAGCUGCUCCCACAACAACUACAGCUGCUACUGCAACAACAACUACAGCUGUGGCUAUAAAAACAACAGCUGUCCCCACAACAACAACAGCUGUCCCCACAACAACAACAGCUGCUCCCACAACAACCACAGCUUCUCCUACAACAACAACAACAGCUGCUGCUAUGAUAACAACAGCUGAGUUUACAACAACAACAGCCAUCCCCACAACAACUGCAGCUAAUGUGCCAAGAACCAGAGCUGGUACCGACACAACCACAUCUGCACAACAAACAACCACAGCUGAUCCCACAACAACCACAGAUGGACCCACAACAACCACAUAUUCUGCGGCAACAACAGCAGCAACUCCAACGACCACAACAUCUUCCUCUACAACAGCCAUAGCUAAUCCCACAACAACCACAGCAGAUGCUACGACAACAACUGCUGCAGCUACAACAAUCAAAACCAUCCCCACAACAACGACAGCUGCUCCCACAACAACCACUGCAGCACCAACAAUGACUACAGCUGCUCCUACAACAACCACAGAUACACCAACAACAUAUUCUCCAACAACAACUACAGCAGAUCCAACGACCGCAACAGCUUCCUCUACAAAAAGUACAGCAGCUCCAAUAACAACCACAGCUAUUUCCACAACAAACACAGCUACUGCUACGACAACAACAGAUGCGGCUAUAACAACCAAAGUCAUCCCCACAACAACCACAGCUGCUCCCACAACAACCACAAAUGCACCCAUACCAACCACAUUUUCUCUGAAAACAACUACAGCAGCUCCCACAACCACAACAGCUUCCCCUACAACAACCACAGCUGCUCCCACUACAACCACAGCCGGAGGAACGACGACCACAGCUGCACUCAUAACAAUAACAGCUGCUCCAACAAAAACCACAUCUUCACCCACAACAACCACCGUUUUUCCCACAACAACCACAGCUGAUGCUGCUACGACAACUACAGCUGUGGCUACAACAACAACAUCCAUUACAACAACAACAACAGCUGCUCCCACUACAACCACUGCAGCACCAACGACGACUAAAGCUGCUCCCACAACAACAACUGUUUCCCUUACAACAACAACAGCUGCUGGUUUGAUAACAACAGUUGUGGCUACAACACCAGCCAUCCGCACAACAACCACAGCUGCUCCCACAACAACAACAGCCACAGCUCCGACAACCACAGCCAUCCUCACAACAACCACAUAUGCUCCCACAACAACCACAGCAAAUCCAACGACCACAACAGCUUCCUCUACAACAAUGCCAGCUGCUCCAACAACUACAACAGCUUCCCCUACAACAACCACAGCUGUUCCCACAUCAACCACAGCUGCUACCAAAACAACCACAUCUGCAUCGACAACAACCACAGCUACAGCUCCGACACCCACAGCCAUCCCUACAACAACCACAGCUGCUCCCACAACAAACACAGAUGCCCCCACAACAACCACAUCUUCCCCGACAACAACUACAGCAGCUCCAACGACCACAACAGCUUCAUCUACAACAAUCACAGCUGCUCCAACAACAACCACUGCUGCUGCUAUGACAACAAAUGCUGCGGCUACAACAACUAAAGCCGUCCACACAUCAACAACAGCUGCUCCCACAACAACAUCAACAACAUCAGAUGCCAUGAUAACAACCACUGCAGCACCAACGAUGACUACAACUGCUCCUACAACAACCACAGAUACACCAACUACACCAACAUCUUCUCCGACAACAACUACAGCAUAUCCAACGACCAAAUCUGCUUCCUCUACAACAACUACAGCAGCUCCAACACCAACCACAUCUGCACCAACUACAACCACAGCCACAGCUCCGACAACCACAGCCGUCCUCACAACAAACACAGCUUCUCCCAUGACAACCACAGCAGAUCCAACGACCACAACAGCUUCCUCUACAACAAUGACAGCUGCUCCAACAACUACAACAUCUUCCCCUACAACAACCACAGCUGUUCCCACAACAACCACAGCUGCUACCACAACAACCACAUCUGCAUCGACAACAACCACAGCCACAGCUCAGACACCCACAGCCGUCUCCUCAUCCACCACAGCUUCUCCCAGAACAACAACAGAUGCACCCACAACAACCACAUCUUCUCCGACAACAAAUACAGCUAUUCCAACAACAACCACAGCUGCUGCUAUGACAACAACUUUUGCGGCUUCAACAACUAAAGCCGACCCCACAGCCACAACAGCUGCUCCCACAACUACAUCAACAACAUCAGAUGCUAUGAUAACAACAGCUGCGGCAACAACAACAACACCUUCUUCCACAACAACCACAGCUGCUGUUACGUCAACAACAGCUGUGGCUACAACAACAACAGCUGCUAUCGAAACAACCACAGAUGCACUCAAAACAACCACAUCUUCUCCGACAACAACUACAGCAGCUCAAAUGACCAAAACACCUUCCCCUACAACAACCACAGCUGUACCCACUACAACCACAGCUGAUCUACCAACAACCACAGCUGUUCCCAGACCAACAACAGCUGAGGCUACAACAAGCAAAAUCAUCCCAACAACAACCACAGCUGCACUCACAACAACCCCAUCUUCUCAGACAACAACUACAGCAGUUCCAAUGAACACCACACCUUCCCCUACAACAACCACAGCUGUACCCACAAUAACCACAGCUGUUCCCACAACCAACAGCUGAGGCUAUAACAACCAAAGUCAUCCCAACAACAACCAAAGUCAUCCCAACAACAACCACAGCUGCACUCACAACAACCACAUCUUCGCAGACAACAACUACAGCAGUUCCAAUGAACACCACACCUUCCCCUACAACAACUACAGCUGUACCCACAAUAACCACAGCUGUUCCCACAACAACAGCUGAGGCUAUAACAACCAAAGUCAUCCCAACAACAACCAAAGUCAACCCAGCAACAAAAACAGCUGCUCCCACAACAACCAUAGCUCCAUCCAAAACAACCACAGCUUCUCCCACAACAACUACAGCUGCUGCUGCUACGACAACUACAGCUGUGGCUAUAAAAACAACAACUGUCCCCACAACAACAACAGCUGUUCCCACAACAACCACAGCUUCCCCUACGACAACAACAGCUGCAGCUAUGAUAACAACAGCUGAGGCUACGACAACAACAGCCAUCCCCACAACAACUACAACUGCAGCGCCAACAACCAGAAAUGCUACCGACACAACCACAUCUGCACCAACAACAACCACAGCUGUUCCUACAACAACCACAGAUGCACCCACAACAACCACAUCUUCUCCGGCAACAACAACAGCAGCUUCAACGACUACAACAGCUUCCUCUACAACAACCACAGCUGUACCCACAACAACCACAGCUGUUCUAACAAUAACCACAGCUGUUCCCACAACAACAACAGCUGCUCCCACAACAACCACAGCUUCUCCUACAACAACAACAACAGCUGCUGCUAUGAUAACAACAGCUGAGUUUACAACAACAACAGCCAUCCCCACAACAACUGCAGCUAAUGUGCCAAGAACCAGAGCUGGUACCGACACAACCACAUCUGCACAACAAACAACCACAGAUGGACCCACAACAACCACAUCUUCUGCGGCAACAACAGCAGCAGCUCCAACGACCACAACAUCUUCCUCUACAACAGCCAUAGCUAAUCCCACAACAACCACAGCAGAUGCUACGACAACAACUGCUGCAGCUACAACAAUCAAAACCAUCCCCACAACAACGACAGCUGCUCCCACAACAACCACAGCUGCUACGACAACUAAAGCUGUGGCUACAACAAUAACAGCCAUCACCACAAGAACAUCAGCUUCUCCCACAACAACCACUGCAGCACCAACGAUGACUACAGCUGCUCCUACAACAACCACAGAUAUACCAACAACAUAUUCUCCAACAACAACUACAGCAGAUCCAACGACCGCAACAGCUUCCUCUACAAAAAGUACAGCAGCUCCAACAACAACCACAGCUAUUUCCACAACAAACACAGCUACUGCUACGACAACAACAGCUGCGGCUAUAACAACCAAACUCAUCCCCACAACAACCACAGCUGCUCCCACAACAACCACAAAUGCACCCAUACCAACCACAUUUUCUCUGAAAACAACUACAGCAGCUCCCACAACCACAACAGCUUCCCCUGCAACAACCACAGCUGCUCCCACUACAACCACAGCCGGAGGAACGACGACCACAGCUGCACUCAUAACAAUAACAGCUGCUCCAACAAAAACCACAUCUUCACCCACAACAACCACAGUUUUUCCCACAACAACCACAGCUGAUGCUGCUACGACAACUACAGCUGUGGCUACAACAACAACAUCCAUUACAAAAACAACAACAGCUGCUCCCACUACAACCACUGCAGCACCAACGACGACUAAAGCUGCUCCCACAACAACCGCUGUUUCCCUUACAACAAAAACAGCUGCUGGUUUGAUAACAACAGUUGUGGCUACAACACCAGCCAUCCGCACAACAACCACAGCUGCUCCCACAACAACAAACGCCCACAGCUCCGAAAACCCAAAGCCAUCCCUCACACCAACAACCCACAUAUGUCUCUCCCAACAACCACCAGCAAAUCCAACGACCACAACAGCUCCCCCUACAACAACCCCACAGAUGUCCCACAUCAACCACAGCUGCUACCCAAAACAACCACAUCCUGCAUCGACACAACAACCACAGCUACAGCUCCGACACCCAAAGCCAUCCCCAACCAACACCACAGCUGCUCCCACCAACAAACACAGAUGCCCCCACAACAAACCCACAUCUUCACCGACAACAACUACAGCAGCUCCAACGACCACAACUAGCUUCAUCUACAACAAUCACAGCUGCUCCAACAAACAACCACUGCUGCUGCUAUGACCAACAAAAUGCUGCGGCUACAACAACUCUAAAGCCGUCCACAUCAACAACAGCUGCUCCCACAACAACAUCAACAACAUCAGAUGCCAUGAUAACAACCACUGCAGCACCAACGAUGACUACAACUGCUCCUACAACAACCACAGAUACACCAACUACACCAACAUCUUCUCCGACAACAACUACAGCAUAUCCAACGACCAAAUCUGCUUCCUCUACAACAACUACAGCAGCUCCAACACCAACCACAUCUGCACCAACUACAACCACAGCCACAGCUCCGACAACCACAGCCGUCCUCACAACAAACACAGCUUCUCCCAUGACAACCACAACAGAUCCAACGACCACAACAGCUUCCUCUACAACAAUGACAGCUGCUCCAACAACUACAACAUCUUCCCCUACAACAACCACAGCUGUUCCCACAACAACCACAGCUGCUACCACAACAACCACAUCUGCAUCGACAACAACCACAGCCACAGCACAGACACCCACAGCCGUCUCCUCAUCCACCACAGCUUCUCCCAGAACAACAACAGAUGCACCCACAACAACCAUAUCUUCUCCGACAACAAAUACAGCUAUUCCAACAACAACCACAGCUGCUGCUAUGACAACAACUUUUGCGGCUUCAACAACUAAAGCCGACCCCACAGCCACAACAGCUGCUCCCACAACAACAUCAACAACAUCAGAUGCUAUGAUAACAACAGCUGCGGCAACAACAACAACACCUUCUUCCACAACAACCACAGCUGCUGUUACGUCAACAACAGCUGUGGCUACAACAACAACAGCUGCUAUCGAAACAACCACAGAUGCACUCAAAACAGCCACAUCUUCUCCGACAACAACUACAGCAGCUCAAAUGACCAAAACACCUUCCCCUACAACAACCACAGCUGUACCCACAAUAACCACAGCUGUUCCCACAACAACAGCUGAGGCUAUAACAACCAAAGUCAUCCCAACAACAACCCACAGCUGCACUCACAACAACCACAUCUUCGCAGACAACAACUACAGCAGUUCCAAUGAACACCACACCUUCCCCUACAACAACUACAGCUGUACCCACAAUAACCACAGCUGUUCCCACAACAACAGCUGAGGCUAUAACAACCAAAGUCAUCCCAACAACAACCAAAGUCAACCCAGCAACAAAAACAGCUGCUCCCACAACAACCAUAGCUCCAUCCAAAAACAACCACAGCUUCUCCCACAACAACUACAGCUGCUGCUGCUACGACAACUACAGCUGUGGCUAUAAAAACAACAACUGUCCCCACAACAACAACAGCUGUUCCCACAACAACCACAGCUUCCCCUACGACAACAACAGCUGCAGCUAUGAUAACAACAGCUGAGGCUACGACAACAACAGCCAUCCCCACAACAACUACAACUGCAGCGCCAACAACCAGAAAUGCUACCGACACAACCACAUCUGCACCAACAACAACCACAGCUGUUCCUACAACAACCACAGAUGCACCCACAACAACCACAUCUUCUCCGGCAACAACAACAGCAGCUUCAACGACUACAACAGCUUCCUCUACAACAACCACAGCUGUACCCACAACAACCACAGCUGUUCUAACAAUAACCACAGCUGUUCCCACAACAACAACAGCUGCUCCCACAACAACCACAGCUUCUCCUACAACAACAACAACAGCUGCUGCUAUGAUAACAACAGCUGAGUUUACAACAACAACAGCCAUCCCCACAACAACUGCAGCUAAUGUGCCAAGAACCAGAGCUGGUACCGACACAACCACAUCUGCACAACAAACAACCACAGAUGGACCCACAACAACCACAUCUUCUGCGGCAACAACAGCAGCAGCUCCAACGACCACAACAUCUUCCUCUACAACAGCCAUAGCUAAUCCCACAACAACCACAGCAGAUGCUACGACAACAACUGCUGCAGCUACAACAAUCAAAACCAUCCCCACAACAACGACAGCUGCUCCCACAACAACCACAGCUGCUACGACAACUAAAGCUGUGGCUACAACAAUAACAGCCAUCACCACAAGAACAUCAGCUUCUCCCACAACAACCACUGCAGCACCAACGAUGACUACAGCUGCUCCUACAACAACCACAGAUAUACCAACAACAUAUUCUCCAACAACAACUACAGCAGAUCCAACGACCGCAACAGCUUCCUCUACAAAAAGUACAGCAUCUCCAACAACAACCACAGCUAUUUCCACAACAAACACAGCUACUGCUACGACAACAACAGCUGCGGCUAUAACAACCAAACUCAUCCCCACAACAACCACAGCUGCUCCCACAACAACCACAAAUGCACCCAUACCAACCACAUUUUCUCUGAAAACAACUACAGCAGCUCCCACAACCACAACAGCUUCCCCUGCAACAACCACAGCUGCUCCCACUACAACCACAGCCGGAGGAACGACGACCACAGCUGCACUCAUAACAAUAACAGCUGCUCCAACAAAAACCACAUCUUCACCCACAACAACCACAGUUUUUCCCACAACAACCACAGCUGAUGCUGCUACGACAACUACAGCUGUGGCUACAACAACAACAUCCAUUACAACAACAACAACAGCUGCUCCCACUACAACCACUGCAGCACCAACGACGACUAAAGCUGCUCCCACAACAACCGCUGUUUCCCUUACAACAAAAACAGCUGCUGGUUUGAUAACAACAGUUGUGGCUACAACACCAGCCAUCCGCACAACAACCACAGCUGCUCCCACAACAACAACAGCCACAGCUCCGACAACCACAGCCAUCCUCACAACAACCACAUAUGCUCCCACAACAACCACAGCAAAUCCAACGACCACAACAGCUUCCUCUACAACAACGCCAGCUGCUCCAACAACUACAACAGCUUCCCCUACAACAACCACAGCUGUUCCCACAUCAACCACAGCUGCUACCAAAACAACCACAUCUGCAUCGACAACAACCACAGCUACAGCUCCGACACCCACAGCCAUCCCCACAACAACCACAGCUGCUCCCACAACAAACACAGAUGCCCCCACAACAACCACAUCUUCCCCGACAACAACUACAGCAGCUCCAACGACCACAACAGCUUCAUCUACAACAAUCACAGCUGCUCCAACAACAACCACUGCUGCUGCUAUGACAACAAAUGCUGCGGCUACAACAACUAAAGCCGUCCACACAUCAACAACAGCUGCUCCCACAACAACAUCAACAACAUCAGAUGCCAUGAUAACAACCACUGCAGCACCAACGAUGACUACAACUGCUCCUACAACAACCACAGAUACACCAACUACAACAACAUCUUCUCCGACAACAACUACAGCAUAUCCAACGACCAAAUCUGCUUCCUCUACAACAACUACAGCAGCUCCAACACCAACCACAUCUGCACCAACUACAACCACAGCCACAGCUCCGACAACCACAGCCGUCCUCACAACAAACACAGCUUCUCCCAUGACAACCACAACAGAUCCAACGACCACAACAGCUUCCUCUACAACAAUGACAGCUGCUCCAACAACUACAACAUCUUCCCCUACAACAACCACAGCUGUUCCCACAACAACCACAGCUGCUACCACAACAACCACAUCUGCAUCGACAACAACCACAGCCACAGCACAGACACCCACAGCCGUCUCCUCAUCCACCACAGCUUCUCCCAGAACAACAACAGAUGCACCCACAACAACCACAUCUUCUCUGACAACAAAUACAGCUAUUCCAACAACAACCACAGCUGCUGCUAUGACAACAACUUUUGCGGCUUCAACAACUAAAGCCGACCCCACAGCCACAACAGCAGCUCCCACAACAACAUCAACAACAUCAGAUGCUAUGAUAACAACAGCUGCGGCAACAACAACAACACCUUCUUCCACAACAACCACAGCUGCUGUUACGUCAACAACAGCUGUGGCUACAACAACAACAGCUGCUAUCGAAACAACCACAGAUGCACUCAAAACAGCCACAUCUUCUCCGACAACAACUACAGCAGCUCAAAUGACCAAAACACCUUCCCCUACAACAACCACAGCUGUACCCACUACAACCACAGCUGAUCUACCAACAACCACAGCUGUUCCCAGACCAAUAACAGCUGAGGCUACAACAAGCAAAAUCAUCCCAACAACAACCACAGCUGCACUCACAACAACCCCAUCUUCUCAGACAACAACUACAGCAGUUCCAAUGAACACCACACCUUCCCCUACAACAACCACAGCUGUACCCACAAUAACCACAGCUGUUCCCACAACAACAGCUGAGGCUAUAACAACCAAAGUCAUCCCAACAACAACCACAGCUGCACUCACAACAACCACAUCUUCGCAGACAACAACUACAGCAGUUCCAAUGAACACCACACCUUCCCCUACAACAACUACAGCUGUACCCACAAUAACCACAGCUGUUCCCACAACAACAGCUGAGGCUAUAACAACCAAAGUCAUCCCAACAACAACCAAAGUCAUCCCAGCAACAAAAACAGCUGCUCCCACAACAACCAUAGCUCCAUCCAAAACAACCACAGCUUCUCCCACAACAACUACAGCUGCUGCUGCUACGACAACUACAGCUGUGGCUAUAAAAACAACAACUGUCCCCACAACAACAACAGCUGUUCCCACAACAACCACAGCUUCCCCUACGACAACAACAGCUGCAGCUAUGAUAACAACAGCUGAGGCUACGACAACAACAGCCAUCCCCACAACAACUACAACUGCAGCGCCAACAACCAGAAAUGCUACCGACACAACCACAUCUGCACCAACAACAACCACAGCUGUUCCUACAACAACCACAGAUGCACCCACAACAACCACAUCUUCUCCGGCAACAACAACAGCAGCUUCAACGACUACAACAGCUUCCUCUACAACAACCAUAGCUGAUCCCACAACAACAACAGCAGAUACUACGACAACAACUGCUGCAGCUACAACAAUCAAAUUCUUCCCCACAACAACCAGAGCUGCUCCAUCAACAACCACAGAUAAAACCACAACAACCACAUUUUCUCUGACAACAACUACAGCAGCUCCCACAACCACAACAGCUCCCCUUAAAACAACCACAGACACACCAACAACAAAAACAUAUUCCCCGACAACAACUACAGCAGAUCCACCGACCACAACAGCUUCCUCUACAACAAGUACAGCAGCUCCAACAACAACCACAGCUACUGCUUGGACAACAACAGCUGCGGCUAGAACAACCAAAGUCGUCCCCACAACAACUACAGCAGCUCCCACAACCACAACAGCUGCUGCUACACCAACCACAUCUGCACCAACAACAACCACAGCCACAGCUCCAACAACCACAGCCGUCCACACAACAACCACAGCUGCUCCCACAACAACCACAGAUGCACCCCCAACAACCACAUUCUCUCAGACAACUACAGCAGCUCCCAUAACCACAAGAGCUUCCCCGACAACAACCACAAGAGCUUCCCCUACAACAACCACAGCUGCACCCAUGACAAUCACAGCUGCUCCCACAUCAACUACAUCUGCACCGACAACAACCAUAGCCACAGUUAAAACCACCACAGCUGUAACCACAGCUGCUACCGCAACGACAACAGCAGUACCAAUUUUGUCUACUGCGGGGGAUACAACAACCAAACCUUCCCCCAGAUCAACCACAGAUGCUGCUACGACACCAACAGCUAUGGCUACAACAAGAACAGCCAUCCCCACAAACAACCAUAGCCACCCCCACAACAACCACAGCUUCCACCAAAACAACCACAGUUGCUCAGACAACAACCACAGCUUCACCAAUGAUAACCACAGCUGUACCAACGACAACUACAGCUACUGCUACAACAACAAAACCUGUUGCUCCAACAACUACUGUUUCCCCAACCAAUGA